AUGAUUGUUCAUGUAAUAUUUUGUACUUUAAUUUCGCUUUUAUGAAAAGAUUUUGUAAUUGGGCUAGUCCCUGUAUAUAUAUAUAUAUAUAUUUAAACAAAUAAAUUCACGAGUAGAAUGUCCCGUAUUUAGAGGUUUUCCUAUUUAGACGUGUAGUGAAAAUAUCCUCGUCUCCCUCUCCAAAAAAAACGCCCGCUAUUCCGAGGCGUCCGUUAAUGAAAAAUUCACUAUAUAUUAUUGACUCACUGUCGGCUGGUGUUUUUUUUCUAGCAAUACGCGAGCAUUGACCAUCACGAGCAUUACAAUCGGCCACCCAGCAGAGACAACAGCGUGGACAGAUACCAGCGGAGAAACGAAAGGCUCAGAAGCAGUUCGAGACAGAGUUCUGUGGAGAAGUCGUCGAGUCAUCAUCAGCAACAGCCGGACGGGAGGUCGCCGUUUGGAUCGGGGGCCAGUGGUCAGAGUUCGCGUGCCAAUCAGGCGCCAGGUACCGUCAGCUACACCGUGCCCAAGACCAGCAGACAGUCACCGUUCGAGGACGUCAUAAUCAAUCAGCGGAACAUCGGGCAGGAGAUCCUUCCAUCGCCCUCCGGCUGUCCCAAACGGACGGAAUCGCUGUACGUGAACCCGGACGCGGCGCGCCGGGACCACAAACCAAAGGUUAGUAUAUGGAAAUCCUGCGAAGACGAUUUUUGCAGUGAAUGCAUACUCCAAUCGCCCACUUCCACCAGCGGGGAAGAGUGUUGUCCGGAAACCUGCAUUUACGCGGUCCCCCCGCGGCCCGUCCGCAGGAAGCCGAGGCUGCUGCCUUCGGUUCCCCCGCUGAAAACUAAGAUGGCGAACCUAAAGGUGGCCUCCGAGGCCAUCAAUAAGAAGUCUCCGAGGCAACCGAAAUAA